AUGCUGGCUGGCUUUCAGAUGGGAAGAGCUCCUUGUUGCUCCAAAGUUGGUUUGCACAGAGGUCCAUGGACUCCUCGAGAAGAUGCAUUGCUCACUAAGUAUAUUCAAGCUCAUGGCGAAGGCCAAUGGAGAUCACUGCCAAAAAGAGCUGGUCUUCUUAGAUGCGGAAAAAGUUGCAGACUGAGAUGGAUGAACUAUCUGAGACCAGAUAUAAAGAGAGGAAACAUAACUCCAGAAGAAGACGAUCUCAUAAUUAGAAUGCAUUCACUUUUAGGAAAUCGAUGGUCCCUCAUUGCAGGAAGACUACCAGGAAGAACAGAUAACGAGAUAAAGAAUUACUGGAAUACCCAUCUCAGUAAGAAGCUGAGAAAUCAGGGAACAGAUCCAAAGACACACCACAAGUUAACCGCAGCACCAGAGAAGAAAAAGGGCAAAAAGAAGAACAAGCAAAAGAAUGAGAAUAAGAAAGUGUUGACGCCAGAGAAAACCUUAGUUUAUCUACCAAAAGCCAUAAGGGUUAAGGCUUUGUCAUGUCUACCCCGUACGGAGAGCACCUUCACCCUGGAUUCGAAUUCAGGUAGUGCAUCAACGAGCCAAGAGAAAAUUCAAAGCCCAGGAGAAGAAGCAAAAGAGGUAAACAUGGUUUGGGGUGUUGGCAACGAUGGAGACAAUGGUGGUGGGGUUGGAAUAUUCUUUGGUGAAGAGCAUGACCUAGUCAACAGCUCCUCGUACGUGGAAUGCCAUUCUGAUGAUGUUCACACUGAUCAUGGUACGCUAGAAAAGCUCUAUGAAGAGUACUUGCAGCUCUUGAAGGAUGAAGAGAAACCUGCAGACGAAUUAGAUUCUUUUGCUCAAUCUUUAUUGGUGUAG